GGCUACUCUUCAUUGCGGUGCGCAGACUUCUCAUUGCGAUGGCUUCUCUUGUUGAGGAGCACGGGCUCUAGGCGCGCGGGCUUCAGUAGUCGUGGCACUUGGGGUCAGUAGUUGUGGCUCGCGGGCUCUAGAGCACAGGCUCAGUAGCUGUGGUGCACUGGCUGUUGCUCUGCAGCAUGUGGGAUCUUCCUGGACCAGGGCUCGAACCCGUGUCCCCUGCAUUGGCAGGCGGAUUCUUAACCACUGUGCCACCAGGGAAGCCCCUCCUGAAACGUUGAUUUCUAGUACCGUCCCCCCAACCCAGCUUGUGUGCUUCGUGAGGGCUGGGACUUUGUUUUGUUCACCUGGCAUUUAGCGCUUGGAAAUAUUCUCAGCAGGAACAGAUAGAUGAACAACUCCAGGAGGCAGCUGCUAUUACUACCCCACUUUAUGGUUGAGGAAAUGGAGUCUGAGAGGUUGUGACUUGUUUGUUACAUCAGCCAACCUGGUGGGACCCCACAGUCCACGAUCUUGACCCUAGGCUGCAUGGUUCAAUCUCUUCCACCCUGUGGUCCAGGCAGGUAGGGGUGGCACCAGGGGUUGUACUGGGGGUAGGGGGCUCUUCUGUGCUGCUGAGCCAAAGCCAGUGGAGGUGAGGCAGGUGACUGGAAUGGCCCUGGCAACCCCAGACCAUCUGGCCCAGGAGGCAGUCGGAGAGAGAAAGCAGCUGUUUUGCUGAUCAGAUCCACCCCCAGCACCGGAGGUGUUCCAGGCCACUGCCGCUGCUUCCUUGCCUCACCUGCCCCUGGAUAGACUGGGACCCACCAAACUCCAAAGGUGGACACCCUGCUCACUUGGGGGAGGGCGCUGCCACGGCCUGGGGAAAGAGCCCCAGAGACCCAGGCUUGCUUCCGAGCUCCCCCGUAUGCUGUGUGACCUUGGGCAAGUGACUUCACCUCCUGAGCCACCAUGGGCUAAGCACAGAGUCUGCAGGCUGAGUGGUCUCCCACGAUGCUGGAAGGUGGGCCCUCCUUAUGACAACCAUUCAGCUACAGUGCAGUGCAGCAGAGGGCCUCUGUCCGUGACCCUCGAGGUAGUCAACUCAUCCAGUUCCCUGUCUCUAAGCAGGGCCACCUGGAAAACCUCAGAGGAGCAAGAGAAGGGCCCCAGUCUCAUUUCAAAUGUGUCCUCUUAGGAAGGUUCUGGCCCAGAGCCAGGCUCCUGUGCAAAACCUCAGAAAAACAGGUCUGAUCCAAAGGGAUAAGUGGGUGUCUGUGCCUGGAACAGGUUCCCGCCCACGGGUUCCGGGCAUCCCAGCCCAGGAUGUGAUUAUGAAGUUGAAAGGCGAGUUCCCUGGAAGCCCCGUCUCCAUACCUGGAACCGAGGCCACGUAGCUCUUGUGCCAGUUACACACCUAACUUGCUGUAUUUAAACGUAAAACGACAGUAGGUAAUGGACGUGAUGUGAAAAAUAAUUAGGAUCAAAAAGUAGAGAGGUUCCAGGAGGGCGGAACCAGGAAGUCUUCAAAGAGACCAUGCAGCCUUUAGUUGCUGGCUCUUCCCUUACUGGCCGCUCACCGGAUGUGGUCGAUUGCUGCUGGUGCCCCCACCUGGCCUGAGCCUGGGUUGAAGGUCAGGGGCAGGCUGAGGUAGGGGCCGUUCCUGGGCCCUCGGCGCUGAAUCAGCUCCAAAGCACCCAAACCCUCCUUCUCCAGGACUCCUGCAGGUGCGAGAGCACACCUGGGAUGCACCCAUUUCCUGCCCAGCGCCCUGUCUGAUCCCUGCUUUGUCCUGGCAGAAAUCAUGGCCCCUAGGCGGCCUGCCCAUCCUGGACCGGAUGGUGUCUUCUCAGGUGUGGCCUGGUGCAAGGAGGGCACUGAAAGUGGUCAGACCUCGCUGUCCUCCCAAGCUCCUGCCUGACCAGCAGGUUUGGGGGUUCCCCAUCCCUCGUGAGACUGUACUUGUUGAUCACAGCUCCGAGCCUGGCAGACAUUGUGCUGGGUUCUGCGCCUCCAUUCAAUUCUCAUUGACUCCUCAUGUUAUCUCAGGUUUGGGGACAAGGAAAUGGAGGCUCAGAGAGGUGAGGCAGCUUGCCCAAGGUCGCACGGGAUUUGGACCCAGGUCUCUCUGAUUCCAAGUGCAGUGAUUACAAGUAGCCCCGUGAGACGGAGCCCGCCAGGUUGGGGGAUGGAGGUGGGGGUCUAAGUUGGCCCCAGGGAAGCCUGAGGGAGCUGAGUCCCUGGGACCUAGGCAGAGGCAUUCAGCCAUUCUGUCUGUGACGCGUUUAUUCCACAUUCACUGAGCACCAGGUGUGGUCUGAGCUCUGACGGGGAGUAAGUGCUCUCCCUGCCCUUGAGGACGUUCUAGAAGGCAGCUUUCCUCCUCUUCCCACGACUGGUGGAUCUGGGAGAGGGGCCGCAGGAAAGACCAGAGCCUGGGGUGGGCUGGGGCAGGGCUCCUCAGCACCCCGGGGGCAAUUGUCCCCACUCCCUGCGCCCUGCCUCAGCAUCAGUGUCCGGUCUGGUUGGGGUGGGGUCUUCUGGCAGGGGCUGGAGUCAGGCUGGGCGGAAGGAGCCAGGGCCCUGUGACGCAGCCUUGGCCAUCCAGUGCCCCCUGCCCCUGUGGACUCCAGAGCUCCUGCCCUGGAACCUGCUGUGGCUCCCCGCUGCCCACAGGGCAGAGCCCCAGUGUGACAUUUAAGGCCGAUCCCAACCCGGCUGCUGCUCUGCUAAGUUCUACCUCAGGACCCCAGCUGCCUUCACUCCUCCGUGCCUUUGCAGACUCUGUCCUCGCCGCUGUCACAUCCCUCCUCUUGGGUGCUGCCUUCCCAGGCUGUCCCCCUCCCCUGGUGCUUUGCACAAGCUGGUUACAUGACUGCACCCCCUUCCUCCAGCUCUUUACUGAAGCUCACUCCUCAGCGAGGCCUUCUCGGCUGUAGUCAACCCCAGCCUGCCCUCCAUUUCCUCCUGUCUGCUUUAUCACCAUCUAGCAUAUUCCAUAUCUUACUUAUUAUUUAGUUUACUGUUGGCUCCAUGAGGGCAGGCAGGGAGUUUGUCAUUUUGGUCAGGGCCGUGUGUCCCCUGGGUCCCAGCGCCCGGGAUGCUGCCUGGCACACAGCCAGUGCUCAGGCAGGGUUUGUUGGAGGCAAGAGCUUGGCGGCCUCUGACGGGCACUCUGAGGCUUGACCGCCUGGGCACCAGCCCUCCUCCCCCGCCCUUUGCAGCCUUCUCUCCUGCGGACCCUGAAGCCGGGCACCCUGGGGGCCAUGCAGAAGGCCGGGGCGGGGGGCCGGAGAGCCUCCGACUGCGGCCCUGCCCCUCACCGGCCCAGGUGCAUCACCAAGUUUGCCCAGCAGUACGUGGGCUCCUUCCCCGUGGACGACCUGGACACCCAGGAGAGCGCGUGGCUGGUGCAGCAACAGCUGUGGGCACUGAAGGACUGUCCCCGCCGCCGGGCUGUCAUCCUGAAAUUCAGCCUUCAGGGCCUCAAGAUCUACAGCGGGGAGGGUGAGGUGCUCCUGAUGGCUCACGCCCUGAGACGCAUACUCUACUCCACCUGGUGCCCAGCCGACUGCCAGUUUGCCUUCAUGGCCCGAAAUCCCCGGAGCCCGGCCAGCAGGCUCUUCUGCCACCUCUUUGUGGGCAGCCAGCCUGGAGAGGUCCAGAUCCUGCACCUGCUGCUCUGCCGCUCCUUCCAGCUCGCUCACCUCCUGCAGCACCCUGAGGAGCGGGCACGGCCUGAGCCCUGCCCGGGACCUGUAGGGGACGUGCCCCUGAAGCCCUUGUCCGGCCCUGGGGGCACCCCUGGCCUAGUACGGGAACCCCUCGGGGGUGAUCAGCUCUCACAGCAGGUUAACGUGCUGGUCUCCUUCGGGCGGCUGCCUGCAGAGGGGCCUGAGGGCAGUGGGAAGGAGCCGCCGGAGUCGGAAAGCCGCGGGGGCCCCCGCCACGCCCGCCUGGGGAACCCGUACUGCUCGCCCACGCUGGUGCGCAAGAAGGCCAUCCGCAGCAAGGUGAUCCGCUCCGGGGCCUACCGCACCUGCACCUACGAGACGCAGCUGCAGCUCUCGGCUCGGGAGGCCUUUCCUGACGCGUGGGAGGCCUGGCCCCGGGGUCCUGGGGGCCCCUCAUGCCUGGUGGAGAGCGAGGGCAGCCUGACGGAGAACAUCUGGGCAUUUGCUGGCAUCUCCAGGCCCAGUGCCCUCGCCCUGCUGCGGAGAGACGUGCUUGGGGCCUUCCUGCUGUGGCCUGAGCCAGGCACCAGUGGCCAGUGGUGCCUGUCGGUGAGGACACAGUGCGGCGUGGUGCCCCACCAGGUCUUCCGGAACCACCUAGGCCGCUACUGCGUGGAGCACCUGCCGGCUGAGUUCCCCAGCCUGGAGGCCCUGGUGGAGCAUCACGCUGGGACGGAGCGCAGCCUCUUCUGCUCCCUCGACAUGGGCCGCCUGAACCCCGGCUACGAGGAGCAGGACUGCGGGCCCGAGGGCAGGCUUCCCCGGACGCUCCGGCCCCUUGGCCAUGCCAAGUCCGAGGCAGAACUGCAGGGCCUGGGCUAGGACGCUGAGCCCCACGCCAAGAGGCCCCGCCUCACCCUGGCUCCUGGGCCUCAGCAGGCUGCUCUGCUCUGCCCUUCUUCCACCCCGCUGGGCACCAGUUCCAUCCGGUCACUGCCCUUUGGGCCAGUCUUCCGUCACUACCCUGCCUGUGGGGGGAGCCCUGAGAGUGGGGAUUUGCCAGUGGCUUCUCACAGGACACGGGCCCGUCAGGAUCGCGGGAGGGGCACGCAGAGCUCCGGGCUUCCAUGAACUUGCUGGGUGACUUUGGAUGCUUGUCUUCUCUGGGCUUCACCUUACUCCUAGGUGGGGAGCUUUCCAAGGUGGGCGGGAAGGUUUGCUCCAACAGAGGUGGCGCCCUAUCCUAAGGAGGCCAGGCCUUGGGGCCCUGACUGGGCAUCUCCAGAGAGCUUCUGACCAAGGCAGCCACCAGACACGUGAGGGAGAGGUAUCUGGGGAGGCAGGAGUGAGUUCUCACUUUGGGCGAAGGCGUGGGGACGAGCCACCCUCUCCGUGAGAGAAACGGAUGACGUGGUGGAGCUUGGGGGGCUACAUCCAGGCUGACGGAGCGAGGCCUGUUUCCCAUGUCCUUGGAGGCUAAAGGAGUCUUCCCUUGAGUUCUGAAGAGUGGGGGUUAAGAGGGUGCAGGAAGGGCAGGACGGACAAAGAGCCAUGCCACCCAAAGCCCACACGCGGGCGGACACCUGUGUGCGGAAAGGGAUGUGAAUGGGCCGACAGGGCAGAGAAUCUCAGUGAACCUUCAGACUAGGAAGGCUGGUUUUUCUCCACUCAAAACCACGGACUUGUGGUUCCUGCUUACUUGGAAGGGAUGUCCCAGUCUCAUUCCCGCCCACACACCCCUGCCCCUCCCCGGGCUCACUUUCUUUGGCCAUUUGACUGGGAGGGGCCAGCAGUGAGCUGCAGGCUUAGAGGGGUGACCAGGGUCCUGCUCCACUCAUCCUGCAGGCCAGACUGGGUUUGGUGGCUGCCUGGGAAGCCCCCCAAUGGUGGCAUUUCCCUUAAUGGGCAUCUGUCAGGGGCCACUUCAGUAGGCCAGCCCCCUUGGGGAUGGGGGUCAGGGAGGAAUCAUCCAAAGGUAGAACUGAUGUGGGCCCUGCCAAAGGGUACUUGGCCUCAGCGGGCAGAGGGGGUCCAUCCAGGGAAAUAACGCUAGUCUAAGGCAAUGGCCCUGCAGUGAUUGACGACGGAUCUGGGUAUUCCCCUGUAUAAGUAAACUUGACAGACAGGCAUGAAUCUACCAGAUUAAGAUAGGGAGCAAGUUCACUUUGGAUGAACUUCUAUUCCUGAGGCAGAGGCCAAGUCAUGAGUCUGGGGGCUGCCCUCUCCCCCAUCUGGGGAGGGGAUGUGACUGAUCAGCGCCUUGAAAGUAACAGACUUCUGACUCCUGGAAGGAAGAGGGCAACCCCAACGGAAUAAAAAGAAGGGAGGAGCCUCAGAAGUUCAGGCCUGGUGUUCCCAGCUUACAACCUCCAGCUCAGCAAAUGAUCUUGGCUGGGGCCUUGUCACUCUUGUCACAAGGGAUAGGAGGAGGCUGUCCUUUGGGGGCUUUUUUCACUGGAAGCACAGUACUGAUUUUAUACUGAAUGUGAGUGGGAACCCAGCCUCAUUUUAUGGCCAUUACUACCAGAACCCAUCUCCUCCCUGGGCAAAGCCCUGGUCCCUCGUGGGAGGCCCCAGGCUCACAUUUCCCUGGCAAGGAGAGGGGUUUGGUGACAUGCGGCCCAGGAUUACAGCCCUGGAGUCUCACACAUUUAAGAAGACCCGAUAACUGGUCUUAACCUCUAUGAGGGAUGGAUUUUGUUGCACAAGUUAUCUGUGUGGACAAGGUGUCAGGAAUGUUCCCAAAGUACUUUAACAUUCCUUCACACAGCAUUUAUGGAUCACACAGUACAAAGGUUUUUGACCCACAUGUGCAGACGCCUCAAUGUCUUAAUUAUAGACCACAGUUUUCUCUGUUCCAACCAGUGCCACCUGAGUAGCCCAGCUCUCCUUACUGUGUGGACUUGAAAUAAAUAAAAUGCAUUUCUUCGGAUUGUAUAGUACAGACUUUUCCUUUGAAAGGCAAGGUCUUUGUCCAGUUUGCCAGCUUCGCUUUUGUUUGCCAACCAUACCUUCCACUGGUGCUGAAUGAUGAACCAGACAGAGAUCCUGUCCUCCGGGGCUCAGGAGGUCUUGAAGGAAUUGGGUAGGUAGAUUCAAGCAAUGACUCUACUGCUUAAAACCUUCAGUGGGUAUUUCCUACAGGAAAGAGACUCAAGUCCUUAUAUUCUGGCCACUCGGGUUCUCCUUCUGCUCCUGCAACAUGCCACAGGGUCUUUGCACAGCCUGCACAGGCCUCCUCGUCUUCCUCUUCUUCCUUUACCUGAUUAACUCCUCAACCUUACCAUCUCUCAGUCUCAGGAAGCCUGCCCUGACUGCCCCCUGACC